UUUAAAAAGGUUGCGUGAGCGGUGGUAGAACAUAGGUUUGUAGCUAGCUAACAGCUAAGAUAGGUAGUUGUUUAUUUACUCCGACUAAAUUAGCUAAAUUAAAAAUCACAGUUUGUGUGAUUGUAAAAAAUUGAAUCUGCUAAGUGAAUAUAUUUAUCAAAUAGGUUUUUAACCUUUCUCAAAUACGGGCCAACAACAACAACAACGCAUUCGCCAGCAACAGCUUCCUUCGUCUUACCAUCGUUUCAUUUUUAGACGACCAGAUGGAGAGCAGCAGAAAAAUACCGGACGUUUUCAAAACUCCGUGCAAACCAGCUAAAACGAAGAGUCCAAUUAGUGCCUGUGUUACUCCAGUCACUAUCCCUGCCUCUCCGUUUAUGAAGAAGCUCGGGUGUGGAACUGGAGUGAACGUGUAUCUCAUGAAUAGAAGUGGAAAACAGAUUCAUUCGCCUUGGGCCAUAAAGAAAAUCAACAAUAAGUGUGCAAAGACGAACGUCUAUGAGAAGCGACUGUCUGAAGAGGCGAAGGUUUUAAAAGAUCUACAGCAUCCCAACAUUGUUGGCUUCAGAGCCUUUACCACAGCCAAGGAUGGCUCUAAAUGCUUGGCUAUGGAGUAUGGUGGAGAGCAGUCCCUCAAUGACCAGAUUGAGAAGAGGAGAGCGGAGGGAUUACAGGCAUUCCCAGCUGUCAUCAUUGAGAAAGUGGCCCUUCACGUAGCCCGUGGCUUACAGUACCUGCACAGCGAGAAAAGGCUUUUACAUGGAGACAUGAAGUCAUGUAACAUAGUCAUUAAGGGAGACUUUGAAACCAUCAAAAUAUGUGACAUUGGCGUGUGUCUUCAGCUGGAUGAGAAUAUGCAGGUGACUGAUCCAAAGGCUCACUACAUUGGAACAGAGCCAUGGAACCCCAAAGAGGCCCUGGAGGAAGGGAUUAUUACGGACAAAGCCGAUAUCUUUGCAUAUGGACUCACUCUAUGGGAGAUGAUGACUUUGUCUGUUCCCCACCUGGAGAUGCUGGACAGUGAGACUGAUAAUGAUGAUUCUUUUGAUGAGGAUGACUUUGACGAAGAUGCAUAUUUUGAAAGACUGGGCACCCGGCCUCCACUAGACACGUCCACACUUGGCGGUGCCUACCAGAGGAUGGUGGAGCUUUUCUGUCUCUGCACAGAAGAGGAUCCUACUAAAAGACCUUCAGCUGCACACAUUGUUCAAGUUCUGGAGUUCAACAGCCAGCUCGAUGACAAAAGCAGUGGAGCUAUAGAGAUAGAUUAAUGUUUAAUUGCUGAAGCAGGAGCAGCAGUAAUUGUGGACUCUUUCCCCCCCCCCGUGUAGUCUGUAUUUUUGUAUUGUGAUUUCUUUAUUUGCUUUUGCUUUUUUUUGUCAACUUGUGUGUAUUGUUGCAUUUAAAUUAACUGCUACAGUAGUAACAUCAUUCAUUGUGCCAAACUGGACAGUAACAUUUCCACUAGUUAUCACAACUUGCACUAUCUUGAUUUGUCUGACUCAAUAUUUGAUUAAAUCUUAACCCAUUAA